CUCGACAAAUCACACCUCAAACAAGAGUAACUUGAGAAUUCGAGAGUCGAGACCACCUUUUCGUCUGUUUGCUCUAUAGCACUAACAGGAAUCUUUAAUGAAGGAUGGAAUUGCUGCAUUGUUACGUCAUGUUCAGUCUUCACCGCAAGCAAUCACCGGCAGGUUAUGCAGAUACAACGAAGGUGUGAGAAGCCAGACGCUUUCGUUGCCCAACUAGCUAUAGCAACCUUAAUUGCCUUCUCAAUAAAAAGUUCGUUGGGGUGGUUGCAUCUCCUCAACCCACUCAUCACGUACCAUCUUAAAUUCUUUCCUUCCUGCAAUCUUCCAAUCCUUCUAUUAAUUUCCCUGUCGAGAUUUUGAUCUCACUACUAUCCGUCUGUAGUUUUCUCUGUUUCUCACGGGCAUAUCGUAGAACACACUGUGAACAUGAAGCAUUUCAAACUGGGUUUUCGCUGCAUCACCAACGCCCUCUAUUCGAUGCUUCUCUCCUUUCUCCCUACUCUGUCGUCGCGCCUCUCGACCUCCAAUCUGCGGUUGAUGUGGGACGGCAGUCUCCGACUCAAUCCGCAAUACCUGGCGCUCUGCUCCGCGCUGCUCGCGCUGUCGACGGCGCUCUACUUCAUGAAGCGGCCGCGGCCAGUGUACCUUCUCGACUUCGCCUGCGUGAAGCCCGAGGCCGCGGGCCAGUGCGCGCGGGAGCGGUUCGUGAAGCAGUCGGUGGCCGCGGGGUUCUUCACGGAGGAGAACCUCGCGUUCCAGAAGAAGAUCCUGGAGCGGUCGGGGCUGGGUCAGGCCACCUACUUCCCGGAGGCGCUGUUGACGACACCGCCGAAGCCGUGCGUGGCGGAGGCGAGGAAGGAGGCAGAGAUGGUCAUGUUCGGGGCCAUCGACGAUCUCCUGGCGAAGACAGGGGUGAAGCCGAGGGAUAUAGGGAUCCUGGUGGUGAACUGCAGCCUGUUCAACCCGACGCCGUCGCUCUCGGCCAUGGUGGUGAACCGAUACAAGCUCAGAGGGAAUAUUGCCAGCUACAACCUCGGCGGAAUGGGUUGCAGCGCCGGACUCAUCUCCAUCGACCUCGCCAAACAACUGCUCCAAGUCCGCCGGAAUAGCUACGCGUUGGUGAUUAGCAUGGAGAACAUUACCCUGAAUUGGUACAUGGGCAACAACCGCUCGAUGUUGGUGUCCAACUGCAUCUUCCGCGUGGGCGGCGCGGCUAUCCUGCUCACCAACUGCCGCUCAGAGCGCCGCCGAGCCAAGUACCAGCUUAUCCACACCGUGCGGACCCACAAGGGCUCCGACGCGCAGUCCUACGGCUGCGUCUUCCAGGAAGAGGACGGCGGCGGCAAGGUCGGCGUGGCGCUAUCCAAGGACCUCAUGGCGGUCGCGGGCGAGGCGCUGAGGGCCAACAUCACCACGCUCGGCCCGCUGGUGCUCCCCAUAUCGGAGCAGCUCAUCUUCUUCGCCUCACUGGUGCUGCGCAAGGUGUUCAAGUUGAGGCGGGUGCGUCCCUACCUGCCGGACUUCAAGAAGGCGUUCGAGCACUUCUGCAUCCACGCCGGCGGGAGGGCGGUGCUGGACACUCUGGAGAGCAACCUGGGGCUGAGCCCGUGGCACAUGGAACCGUCGCGGAUGACGCUGUACCGGUUCGGCAACACGUCGAGCAGCUCGCUAUGGUACGAACUGGCGUACGCGGAGAUGAAGGGGAGGAUGAGGAAGGGCGACAGGACGUGGCAGAUCGCGUUCGGGUCCGGGUUCAAGUGCAACAGUGCGGUGUGGCGCGCGCUGAGGACCAUCGAUCCCGCCGCCGAGAGGAACCCGUGGACCGACGAAAUCAAUCAGUUCCCCGUCGAUGUGCCGAAGGUGGAAGUGGUGAAGGAAUGAUCAUAAUUCAUCGACGGCGUGCCAGUCUCGAAGCUCAUGAUCAGUCCAUAUCGUCUUCCGCUUUCAUGUUACUUAAAUUGGUACUGUACAAGCUGCCCCGUUUAAGCGAUCGAGGGCAUAUGUACAGACUUAUCAGAUUCGUUUAUUUAAGAGAAGCAAGAUGACUACUGCUGUAUGGAUGGCAGUUUCAGUCCGUA